UCCCAGGCUCCCACCCCCUUUUUAAACUCUUGCAAGCUCGAUUUCACCCCAUUCUGGAUCCUUCGCUUUCUCGUUUCAACCCCUCUCUCUCUCUGCAUAAGCAUUUUUGGUAAGCUAGCUAUUUCUCUCCGAUUUCCAGGCGUUUAGUUUCUACUUAGGGCUCGCAAUCGAUUCCCGCUUCACAAUUCGAUUAAUCAGUAGGAUAACUGAUUCCAAUGGCAUCAAGGUUGGCUACAAGGUUCUUCUCUCGGAGGAUGUCAAGCAGUGGAAAGAUACUGAGCGAGGAGGAAAGGGCAGCAGAAAAUGUUUAUAUCAAGAAAGCUGAGCAAGAGAAGCUUGAGAAGCUUGCACGGAAGGGUCCUAAACCAGAAGAAAAAGCAACUGCAGGCCCAGGGGAAUCAAUCACUGAUGCCAAACCAAGUGGUUCAAGCUCAGGUUCUGGAGCAUCAACUGCCAAAGUAUCAACUGACAAGUACAGGAAUUAUGCUGUUGUCACGGGUGUUGUGACCGUUUUUGCUGCUCUAGGAUGGUACAUGAAGGGAAGUGAGAAGAAGGCAGAAGUGCAGGACUGAAAUUAAAUUGUCGUGUUGAUGCGGAACACAUGAACCGUGAGUCAGUAUCACUCAGCGUAGAAAUAAAGCAAACUAUGAACUUUCAAUGUUUCUGUUCUGGCUGGUGUAUACUUUGUUGAGUUUUGAGGCACUGUUUCCAUGUAUACAUAAUGGAGGAUAUCUUUCAGGCUUUCAA